AUGACAGACAGUACUUCAAGUGGUCAAGAGCUAAUAAUUGGAACUCGGAAUUCCAAAUUGGCAUUGGUCCAAGCCGAGCGGGUCUCCAGUGCCUUAUCCAGCGCACACCCCCAGAUCAAGUUUCCAUGGCAAACAAUCUCUGUCAGUGGGGACGUGGAUAAGACCAGCCCGUUCUUAAAGUUCGGGGGUCCCUCGGAUGCGGCCAAGAACAUCUGGACGGAGGAGAUGGAGGCUAAGCUCGGCGCUGGCGAGCUGGAUCUGCUCGUGCAUUGUCUGAAAGACAUGCCAACACGGCUACCGGACGAAUGUGUUCUAGGUGCGAUUAUACACCGUGAGGAUCCUACCGAUGCACUUGUUAUCAAAGAAAGUUUGCGAGACCGGUACACCGAUCUAGACCAAUUGCCUGCUGGGUCGGUGAUUGGUACCAGCUCCACUCGGCGAAAGGCGCUUCUCAGAUACAAGUAUCCCCAACUGAAAGUGCAGGAAUGCCGUGGAAACAUUGAUACUCGACUGCGGAAACUCGAUGACCCGGAGGGACCUUUCUCAGCUAUCAUCAUCGCAACUGCUGGCUUGAACCGGAUCAACAUGACUAGCCGCAUCACAAAGCAUUUGAAUCCAUCUGAAUUUCCCUAUGCCAUUGGGCAAGGGGCUUUGGGUAUCGAGAUUCGUGCAAAUGACACUCAGACCUUGAAGGUUGUACAAGCCAUUGAAGAUCCUCUCACGCGAUGGAUCUGUUUGGCAGAGAGAUCACUCCUGCGUAGCCUUCAGGGAGGAUGCUCUUCCCCGGUUGCUGUCAACUCCACGAUUGAGAACGAAGAUAACGAAUCUCUUCCCGGUAGUCGUCUGCGACUUGAAGGCACCAUCAUUCAUCCCCAUGGCUCAAGCCAGAUCUCCAAAAGCGCAGUUGCGGACGUGACCAGUGAUGAUGAAGCGGAAGCACUUGGGAAGUUGCUUGCGAAAUGCCUUGAGGAUGGUGGUGGACGAGAGCUUCUUGAAGAAAUUCGCCUCGUGCAGGAUGAAAUGAGGGAAUCUUUAAAUUAG